UUAACAUCUGAUCCAAAUAAUUCAGGCUUGACAACUUAAGCUUCUCAAUUGCGUAUUGAAACGCGAACCUCGCUCACCACUUAAUAUUAUGACUUAAUAUUAUGCGAGAAAUUGUUUCUUAAACCCCCAAAUUCAAAUUCUUACAUAGCUCCCUACAUCCAUUACGGCAUCAUGUCGUUCACUUCUAAGGAUACGAAACUCUAUCGAGAGGACGAGAGGGCCGGGCAUAAGAAGCUCGGUGCAGAAGAGCGAGAAAAGCUCGUACAGAAUUAUCUACCCUCUCCGCCCAAUCGAUCACCAAGUCGGAGUCGCAAGAGGAAGCGGGAGACGUCCCACUUCGGUGUUAGGAAAUUCCUCAAGUCACAGCUCCAUUCAUUGCUAUACAUCAUUGUACACGCAAUCUUCUCCGUUUAUAUCCGAAUUCGCACAGCCUACCAUGCCGUUACCCUUCGAGUCCUUUCCAUACUCAGACACCACCAUAACACUCCAGAUUAUGUCCGAAGAGACGUUAGCGUAUAUAGAAGGUUGCCUAAACACGUUAGUAUAAUCUUGACAUUGGAGGAUGGUGGAAGAGCUGGGGAUGCCUUGGAAAAGCUUGUCAACGAAGCUUCCGAGGUAGCAGCAUGGUGUGCUUCGGCAGGUAUUCCUCGAUUAUCUGUAUACGAGAGAACAGGAAUACUUAAACGCUAUAUGCCUCAAACACAUCGUGCCUUAGCACACAAGCUCAAGGGCUGGUUUGGAAAGCACCAAGCUCCGCCGCUGUCCCUCAUUACUCGUGGAGCCUCACCUAUUUAUUCUGUAAACCGACUGUCUUAUGGACAAGACCAGGUUCCGCUAGAGGUCAUACUUGUCUCCGAAGACGACGGCCGAGAGGCCAUGGUAGAUCUUACCAAGGUUCUAGUCCAGAUGGUCCAGCAAGAGAAGAUAUUGGCCAGCGACAUUACAUUGGAUGUUCUCGACCAUGAGUUAUCCGAAGCUGUUAUGCCAGAGCCGGACCUACUCAUCUCAUUUGAGCCUUACGUUGAUCUGCAAGGAUAUCCGCCAUGGCCAAUACGGCUGACCGAGAUCUACUGCGCGCCUGAUAACCAGGGCGUAGCAUAUCAAGUAUUCCUCCAAGGUUUACAGAAAUAUACGGAAGCAACCUUCAAACUUGGAAAAUAGAUCUAGCAGGUUUUCCUAGAUCGCAGCGCAGAGCGAAGCCGAAUCAUAUUCACGGCUUAGACGUCAACUCCUAAUUGGCAGUAUUCUGAUUAAUAGAUAUCACGUAAUAAUAGCAUUAUAUCGCUAUUCUCCAUACAGCUCGUUUAAACCUGAUAUUGGUACGGCCACCGAACCUCGCCUAGUCAGAGGUAGUCGUUCAAACCCUCACGGCCUAGGCAUGCUAGGAUAAUUGGGUUCUUCGGUCGAUAUAUCGGGGGGUUUAUAGAGGUGGGAGUGGUAAUUGGGUAUGCCGUACUCGGACUCUUACGGCUAGAAAAGCAUCUGCUAUGAAUGUUUAUAUAUGUACAUAAUUAGUAGAAGAGCUGGUGCAUUCGGGACAAGAGCAUUAUAUUACCGUUACGGCAUUAGCUAACAUACUAUGUAAAGGUUCUUGUUAGAUGAAUAGAGGUUAAUA